CUAUUUCCAUUUUCGUGGAAGUGGCAAAAGUUCCACAGCUGUCACAGCACCAUACGUCACUUGUCAGUUGUCACAUUAUUUCACCAAAAUCGACUUUCUCUUUUCUUACUUAGAACACGUGUUUGUGGUUAGAACCGACAAUUAACUUAAUGCAGUGCACCCCACGAUAAUGCCGAAACCACGCACUGGCAAGAAGCCCCCAGGUCGCUUCCACGCAAAACCGGCCCCCCGUAAAGAGUACCAGCACCAAAACCAGCUGCAAGAAAGCGACGUGGGUAUCACCCAGUUCAUAAGCCCCCUUGACGGGUUCUCCGCCGUGAUCAAAGCCCGAUUUUCCGACUUCCAAGUCAACGAAAUCGACCCGAACGGCGACGUCGCUAAACUGACAAACCAACAAAUACCCAAAGACUGCGAAGACACCAAACCCCAAGCGGAACCCCCUUCAGAGACUCCCUUGCCCCAAAUCCCGCAAAACACAUGGGACGACAUUAAAACCAUGCUUCAGUCGUCAGAACCCACUAAAGUCGAACUGGAUGCCACCAACUUAGCCAAAGAGCAAAGAGCCGAGAUUCACGAGGGUUUGAAGAAGGCCUUCGGGAGGAAAAUCGUGGGGACUACAGUAACCGAAGGCGAGACCAAGAAGAUGGUUUUUACGAAGUUCGACGGAAAGGGGGACAGGGGGUUCAACUGGCCGAAAGACAGGGGGGAAUACGUGCACUUUCUGGUGUACAAAGAAUCUCGAGACACGUUAGACGCGACUUUAAAAAUCGCGAGUUGUUUAAGAAUCCCGGCUUCAAGUUUCGCGUAUGCGGGUGUUAAAGACAAAAGAGCGAAAACGACGCAGUGGUUUUCGGUGAAGAAAGUCGAACCGUGGAAGCUUAUAAUAAAAACUAAGUCUUUGUGGGGCGUCAAAAUCGGCAAUAUCGCGUUCAAGGAUAAGCCGUUGAAGCUCGGGGAUCUCAAAGGGAACAAAUUUAGGAUAGCGUUGAGGAACGUGGCUGGGGAUGACGGGUUGAUUGAACAGGCGCUGCAGGGUCUCAAGGAGAAGGGGUUUAUUAAUUAUUACGGGUUGCAGAGGUUCGGGAACGAUAAAGAAGUGCCCACUUUUGCUAUCGGGGUGCAGUUGCUUCUAGGCAAUUGGAAAGAGGCUUGCGAGAUUAUCUUGAAACCGACGGAGUCCGAUAGGGCCGAUUUUCCGAUCACGAAAGCCAAGAAAGUGUAUGCGGAGACGGGAGACGCGUCUAAAGCGCUGGAGGAGUUUGAUGACAACAGGAAGACAAGUAUUGAGUAUUUGUUGUUGUCGGGGUUGAGUAAGGGGCACGCGAAUGACUAUGUCAAUGCCUUGUCAAGUAUACCGAGAAACACAAGACUGCUUUACCUCCACUCGUUCCAAAGCUUGGUCUGGAAUUGCGUAGUUUCCAAAAGAAUAGAAAAAUACGGCCUUGAGGUCGUGGAAGGUGAUUUAGUGUACGCCGAAAAUGAAGAACAAAAUGGCGACGAUAACGAGGACGGGGAAACCUCUGACCCCAAACGACCAAAAGUUAAAGCUCUCGCUUCAAACGAGUGCUCGAACUAUACCAUAUAUGAUAUAGUUUUGCCGCUGCCAGGGUUUGACGUCACUUAUCCGAAACAUCUGGAGGAGUUUUAUAAAGAAACGCUCGAAAAAUACGGUUUGACGCUUGAAAUGACCCGCCAAAAAGUCAAGGAAUAUUCGUUGAGCGGUGCAUACCGAAAGGUCAUGGGCCAAGCCCAGAACCUCUCCUGGAAAAUAAUGCACUACAACGACCCCAAUUACAACCUAAUACGAUCCGACUUUGAAGAACUGAAAGGGGAAAAGGAGCCAGUUGACGUCACAGGUGGAGCCUACAAAGCGCUAAUCUUGGAAUUCAAUUUAGAUUCAGCGUCGUACGCCACAAUGGUGCUACGCGAGAUUCUAAAAACCGACACUUCGGCUAGCGCCAACGCCCGCUUGAAUAAUUAUCACUCAGAACGGGAAGAAAAAAUUCGUACGAAAGAAAUUCCAGACAAUGAAAACGAAGAAUUUUCCGAGAAAAUCGGGCUACUGAGUGACGCGAAAAAGUACGAGGCUUUCAAAAAUCUCGUCUUUGGUGAAGAAGAUUCGACUUUGAAGAGAAAACACGAAGAGUCGGAAGGGGCUGUGGCUGCUAAAGUGGCGAAAACUGGAAAAAACGGGAGUUGAAAGAUUAGGUUAGGUGCAAUGUGAUGAAUACAAUAAACGCUAUCAGAUUUAUUGAAACAAUAAGCGAAACAUUGGAAUACAAUUGAACUCUAAUUAUUUGUUACAAUACGAGAAUUUUUGUAAAAACGAGGACUGUAUUGCAUGUGGUUAUAAACCUAAGUAUUAUAUGGCCUUAAGCAAAA